UUUUAUUGCUGAUGUUGAGGAACGCUGGCUGAACAUUGUCAACUGCGUCAGUGCGUUGAGACGAUACUGUGAACGAAAUAUGUGAUUUGCUCGUGCUGGUGUGGUUUACUAUCGGCAGGUAUAUAGUUAACCAAAACAUGCAUUUAUUUAAACACAGCUUCACCUAAUUACUACUGGUAAAAGUGUUUGAAUACCAGUUACUUUUUUUCAAAACUGUGGCCAUGAAUUGUUCCUCUUUUGCUCAUACACCGAUAGGCCAUAUCAUUAAGACCACUAGCAGGUGAAGUGAGUAACACUGAUUAACACCUUACAAUGGCACCUGUCUAAAGGUGAUGGAAGCAGAAAAAACUGGCCACGUGUAAGCAACUUUGACAAGAGACAGAUUGUGUUGGCAGGACAACUGGAUCAGAGCAUCUUCAAACCGUAUGCGUCGACAGAGCAGACAGAAUGCCCAUGUUGCCCCAUGACCACCGCAGAAAGCCAUGGAAGAAAGUCCCCUGUCCUACCAGGUUUAUAUGCUUAGGGGAUAAACACACUGGGUGAUCCAGUAAAAGGGCAGGGCAAGUAAAGACGACAAAGCACAGUUCAUCCCAGAUUCUCUCAACUUUCAGUGUUGGAUUGGACUGCUAGUGAAUUAUUGGAUCAUGCUAAGCCUUAUCAAACUACCUCGACUCCUAACCAUCAACCAAGUUCCAAAUGUGUUCCAUGAAGAUGGAAUCAUAUCUGGGUAUCGAUAUCCCUACAGCUCAGCAAAAGACUGUAUUCUCAGUAUCUUUCAGCUAACAAAUGAAACCCUCAACAUUUGGACCCACUUUCUUCCUACAUGGUUCUUCUUGUGGAAGUUCCUUAUGGUGCUUAUAAAGGAAGACUGGCAGGACUCCUACUGCUGGCCUCUUCUGAUCUUCCUGUUGUCUUGCUGCUUGUACCCACUGGCUUCUAGCUGUGCACACACCUUCAGUACUAUGUCUGAACGUGCCAGACACAUCUGCUUCUUUUUCGACUAUGCAGCCCUGAGCUUCUACAGCUUAGGUUCUGCCAUCACAUAUUCUUCCUAUAUAUUUCCUGAGAAAUGGGUUAACAGCGUCUUCCAUAAAUAUUACAUUCCCACCGCCAUUCUCAACUCUAUCCUCUCCACUGGACUGGCCUGUUACUCAAGGCUUGGAUUGCCUUUUAUUGAGUACAACUACCCUGUAAAUAACAGGUUGGUUGAGAAAACAAGCAUGAAACUAGGGAAAAUUCUGCGGAUUGUGUCCUUUGCAUAUCCGUAUCUCUUUGACAAUAUUCCUUUAUCCUAUCGGAUUUUUUUGUGUGUUGGAGAGGAUUGCGCAGUCAAUGAAGCCACUUUUGUUCACUUCCAGCACACUGCACUGGCACUAAUUACAGGAUUCCUCUUUGCUUCGCAUCUACCUGAACGCCUGGCACCUGGAAGUUUUGACUAUAUAGGACACAGUCACCAGCUCUUUCAUGUGUUUGCAAUCACUGGCACCUACUUCCAGCUCUCUGCCAUUGAGCAAGACAUGACCUUACGGAAGCAAUGGCUUCUGACACAUUCACAACCAAUUACCUUCACCAACACAGUGGGUGCAGCGCUGCUUAGCGCAACCGUCAGUCUAUGUAUAAUCUAUGUCUUCAGUAAGGCACUUUUCUGCACAAGGAUUUGUAAAGACGGUGAUUUUGAAAAGGUCACAUUUUCCUGCAGUUUCUGACUCGCAUCAUGCAAAAUCAUGUUUUAUCUUGAGACGGGAAAAAAAAAGGUGAUGAUUUAAGUACUAAAUCAUAUUCUACAAAUUGCUGUGUUAUCUUACUUAUUUGACGUGUCCUGUUCGAGAUCUGGUAAUAAGGUUUUGUUAUAAAAUAGCCACAUGUGCUGCAAACUGUGCCUUUCACUGAGUUGUGUUUACAAUUAUGAUACUCAGUACAUGAUUCCCACGUGUACACUAAAUAUUUAAACAAAAAAUCUGUACGUUUGAAUUAAGUGUUUUUAUUUGUAAUAAUUAUCUAUUUUAUCAAUAAACUGUUUUAUAUAUCAA